ACAUUUGUUUGGUUCCCGAGUUUCACCCCACGUUGACAUUCUUGAAGGAACCAGCAGAUUUGACAGAAUGGCAACAGGAAGUAUUCUAGUAACAGGUGGAGCUGGGUAUGUAGGGACCCAUACGGUAGUGGAGCUGCUCAAUUCAGGAUAUGAUGUUAUAGUGAUGGACAACCUUGUCAACGCUAGUAUGGAGAGUUUGAAGAGGGUUAAUGAAAUAACAGGGAAGACAGUUCAAACAUGCGCUGUUGAUCUUCUAAAUAAAGAUGGCCUCAGAGAUAUUUUCAAAAAGAACAAGAUAUAUUGUGUGAUGCACUUUGCUGGGUUGAAGGCAGUGGGUGAGUCCUGUGAGAAACCAUUGUUAUACUAUAAAACCAAUGUUGGUGGAACAGUCAACCUUUUAGAGGUUAUGAAGGAGUUUGAAGUGUACAACAUAAUUUUCUCAAGUUCUGCAACAGUAUAUGGUUCACCAAAUUAUCUGCCUAUAGAUGAGAAGCACCCUACAGGAGGCUGUACUAAUGCCUACGGCAAAACCAAAUAUUUCAUUGAAGAGAUAUUGAAAGAUAUUUGUACAGCUGAAAAGCAAUGGAAUGUUAUACUUCUACGUUACUUCAACCCAGUGGGAUCUCAUGCAUCAGGAAAGAUUGGGGAAGAUCCCCAAGGUAUUCCAAACAAUCUGAUGCCAUUUAUAUCUCAGGUUGCUGUUGGACGGCGGAAGGAAUUGACGGUAUAUGGAACUGAUUACGAUACACCUGAUGGGACAGGAGUACGAGACUACAUCCAUGUGGUAGAUUUAGCUCAGGGUCAUGUGGCAGCAUUAAAACAUCUAGAGAAAGGCUGUGGCUGUAAGGUAUAUAACCUAGGAACUGGCAAAGGUUAUUCAGUGUUAGACAUGGCUAAGGCUUUUGAAAAGGCUUCAGGAAAACCAAUACCGUACGUGACGGCAGGACGUAGAGCGGGUGAUAUAGCUUCAUGUUAUAGUGAUGCUUCUCUAGCAAAGCAGGAUUUAGGCUGGGAGGCAAAACUUGAUCUCGCUAAAAUGUGUGAGGAUUUAUGGCGCUGGCAGUCAAACAAUCCAAAUGGUUUCAGAACUGAAGGCAGCAGCUAAUAGAGGCUUUAUUAGAUAGGAAUAAAACUAUACGUCCAAAGACUGUUUUAGAUAUGCUUGUUUGGUGUAAGGGGCUUACUUAGCAGGAUGAAGAAUGUAGAAUUAAUUGGUGCAAUUUGUCUUGUGACUUGUGUAACUGACCAAUCAAAUAGUAGGCAUGUUAUGACUGUUAACGUUACCCACCUGAGUAAAUAUUAAUGUAAUGAAGAAUAUUUUAAUUAUCUCAGCUUCAAAAUUCUUCUGAAAUAAUCAUAAAAAGAUUUUUAUUAAUUUCACUAUGUUUUUACUUUCUUUUGUCAUAGAGAUUAACUGUGUAGCAGGAAUAAUAGAUUCAUGAAACCUCCAA